UAACCUUGCAGUUGGCUUUAAUCAUAUCUCUCUGUACUGGUCCACUGCCUCUCUUCACUGGUUACCAGUGAGAUACAUAAUUGAUUUGACAUCUCUUUUAUUUGUUUUUAAAGCAGUGCUUGGUUAGGAUUAGAUUAGGCUACACGGAUGAACUCCUCACCCCAUUUUAUUUGACUUUAUUCAUUUACUUGAAUCCCCUUCCUAUGUCCAUAUUUAUAUUUCAUUAUCCAUGUGUUAUUUGACUUAACCCUCAAUCAGAUAUUUUCUUAAUCUCUCCGUAAAGCAGUUUGGCUUUAUUGUUUUUAAAUUUGCUCCCCAUAUAGACUGACUUGACAAUUCAAAAGAAAUGUGUGAAUAAGUGAAACACUCCCCCCUGCUGGUGUAAUGAAGACAUUUGCUAAUAUCUUAACAAGCUUGUUUUCGCCAUUGCGUUUGUUCAUAUAUUCUUUAGACAAACUCUAGCAGCAGUUUAUAUCCGCUUCGGGUUGUUUCGGGCUCCUUUAGUGGCUCUCCACCAUGAAGCGCCUGUAGCAGCAGCAGCAGCACAGCGGCGGCAGCUCGUUGCGUGGCGGUUUCCGGUGUCCGUCCGUCUGCAGGAGGAUGGCGUCCGGCUUCAACCGCAUCCCCUCUGCUGAUGGUCCUCCGUGUCCCAAAUAUACCAAAGGUUGUUGGCCUAAGGCUAAAGACGGCAGUGAAAACCAUCAAUAACCAGCUUGAGUUUUCUCACCUAUCUCAAAGGGAGUGUGUAAACACAGAUAUAGCACUUAGCUGAAUGCUUAGUGUGCUGAUUGCAGUUUCUAAAACAGAUCUACCCUCUCAGUUUUGGCACUGAAAAACCCCUCACCUGCUAAGCACUGAAUCCUUAUAUGCGAAGUGGAAGGAUGACGGAGGCGUGGCAGCAGCAGCAACAACAUGCAGUGGCUCCACCCUCUGUUGUGCACACGCUCCCCCAGGGGACAGACAACCCCCUGGGCUGCACUGUGUACGGAGUAGUCCUGCAGCCAGAUACCACCCUGCAGCAGCCCCAGCAUACCCAGCAGCACUCUGUUCAAGCCCAGCAGCCCACACUACAGGUAGGGGGCGAAAGAGGGCACAAGUGUGGAGCCUGUGGUCAUGACAUAUCUCAUCUGGCCAACCCUCAUGAGCACCAGUGCAUGGUGACCCAAGACCGAUCGUUCCAGUGCACGCAAUGUAUGAAGAUCUUCAGCCAGGCGACAGAUCUGCUUGAGCAUCAGUGUGUGCAGGUGGAGCAGAAACCUUUUGUGUGCGGUGUGUGUAAGAUGGGCUUCUCCCUGCUCACCUCUUUGGCUCAGCAUCACAACUCACAUGGUAAUGGAAACAACCCAAUGAAGUGCUCCAUCUGUGAGAAAACGUACAGGCCAGGUUCUGGAAACGCCACCCCAACCUCGUCAGCUGCCAACCCCCAGCAGCCCUCCACUGGUGAGACGUCUGGUGGUGGUGCAGCAAUCAGUGCCUCAUCUCCUCCUACGUUUGAAGCCUCUGCACCAGACAGGCCAUAUAAGUGCUCAGUGUGCCAUAAGUCCUUCCGGCAUUUGUCAGAGCUGACCCGCCACGAGCGAGUACACACUGGCGAAAAGCCAUACAAAUGUGACACAUGUGAUAAAAGCUUCAGCCAGUCUUCACAUCUUGCACACCACCAGCGCACACACAGCUCUGAGCGGCCGUAUAAAUGUGCUGUAUGUGAGAAGAGUUUUAAGCACCGCUCCCACCUUGUACGGCACAUGUACGCUCAUUCCGGCGAGCAUCUGUUCAAGUGCAAUUUGUGUGAGAUGCACUUUAAGGAGUCAUCUGAGCUCCUGCACCAUCAAUGCCAGCCAGAAGGGGAGAGACCCUUCCGCUGUGGUUCGUGUGGAAAGAGCUUCAAGCGCCCAUCUGACUUGCGGCAGCAUGAACGCACCCACUCGGAGGAGAGACCUUUCCAGUGCGAGGAGUGCCAGAUGAGCUUCAAACAGCAGUAUGCUCUCGUACGCCACCGUCGCACUCACAAGAAUCCGGCUGAUCGACCUUUCAAAUGUAAUCUCUGUGACAAGGGAUUCCUUCAGCCGUCCCACCUGCUUUAUCAUCAGCAAGUUCAUGGUAUGGAAAGUUUGUUUAAAUGUGCAUCCUGUCAGAAGUCUUUCAGCCAGUCAGGAGAACUGCUAAGGCACAAAUGUGGUGGCGAAGUGGAGAAGCCCUACAAGUGUGACGUUUGUGGCAAAGGUUACAAAAAGAACUCGACUCUGCAACGCCACCAGAACUCUCACUGCACUGAGAAGCCACUGAAAUGCUCCAUGUGUGACAAGCGCUUUGUGUCAUCCUCCGAGUUUGUACAACACCGCUGCGACCCAGCCCGAGAGAAGCCACUGAAAUGCCCCGACUGUGAAAAGCGCUUCAGGUACUCCUCUGAGCUGCAGCGCCAUCGCCGAGUUCACACUGGGGAGAAGCCGUUCAAGUGUGCCAGCUGCGACAAAAGCUUCAAGCAACGCGAGCACCUGGCCAAGCACCAGAGCGUGCACUCACGGGAGACACAGUUUAAGUGCGUGUGGUGCGGAGAGCGUUUUGUUGACCUCAGAGCUCUGCAGGAGCACACAGUCCAGCACACUGCUGAGGGUGAGAGUUUCCCUGAAGCUCCAUGCAUCCAAUGAGCAGCUGCUCCUCAGUCACAGGUAGCAAGUAUGGCAUUUGCCCUCAAAGCAAUGUGUGCCAGUCUCCGCUCUCCCAUUUGUAGUUUAUAUCAUGCACCCAAAUUAUGUAUAAUAGUUUUUAGUACCAGUAAGAUUUGACUCCUCUUUAUCCUUUGUUGAGUAAAAGGCAAAACACUCUAAAUCAGUUAUUUUGGAACACAUGGAAAAAUCUUGAAUAGAAUGGAAAAAGUCUUGUAAUGUGAAAUGUGGGGAGAUCUUGAUUUUGUUUAGUACCGAGUGUGGGACCUUAUUCUGUGGUUGCAUGUGAUUGUCUGUUUUGUAACUAUCGAUUCUGUUGUUGAACAAUGGCAAGAACUUCCAGACAGUUCUCAGAUACGUAUGUUCAUGUUAAGCUCCUCUGAAAUCCAUGUGCCUUUUUUUUACUGCUCACUCAUUUUGUUUCUGUUAAUUUCAUGUCCAGUAUAGUCAAAACCCAACAAUCCAUAUUCAGCAGCUGGCUUGUGCAGUAGUAUUUUUUCCACAUAUUAGAUCUUAGGUAGUAUCAUCUGUUUGUGCAUGAAUAUUUAUCACACUUUAAUAUCACUGUUGUAUCAUACAGUUGGUUUAUUUAGGAAAAUAUCCUAAGAAGAAAAAAAAAGUGGAUUUGUGAAAAUGUAUAGCCUGUGUCCUACGAAAUCUGUGUUGUUGCAUCUUUGUAUUAAAACCAAUGACAUCUAGGUAACUAACCCAUACCUAUCAUGUCAUACAAACACUUGACAUGUGCAAUAGAACAUGCACAAUGUAAUAUUUAUGACUACUGAUUCAUAGCAUAGUCUACUCUGCUAUAUUAUAGAUUGUAUGUAUACGCUUAUGUAAACAUUAAAAACCGUAUACUGCUUAUGUUACCUGCUUUUGUAUUCACUAUGAGUGAGCUUGCUGGAUUUUGCAAGCACUAUAGUUUCAGUUCCGGAUGGAUUGUCAUAAGGUUUAACCCGACAAGACAUCAAGGCAUUAUAUUGCUCACUUGCCACAAACUAUCUGCAGUAGUUACUGUGUGGUUAGAUCUAACUGAAGUAACUUUUGGGGGUGUGGGGGAUUGGCCUUGUGAUAUCCUCACAAGAUUCAAGCCUCAUCCUGGUCCAGAACGGAGUUGUAUGUUGGUUGAGGCUGGGGAUAAAUUUUAAAAGUGUGUACUUUAGUUUACCAUGUGGAUUUCUAUAUUCUGUACAAUCUUUGCAGUAUAUUUAAAAGGUGGUUUUGGAGUUUAUAAAUCAUGGACAAAGGGAAUAAUAGAGGGUGACUGAUGGGAUGGAUGGGGGACUGUGUGCCAUGGUUUUAGUCCUAGUGAGUCUGCUUUAAAACCUCCUGUAGGAGGAUGAACGAGUGUACUGAAGUGUGCCAUUUACACAUAUGGACUCCAAUAUAGACUCCUGUUCAUAUUGUAUACAGACAAUAAACUGCCCUUAUGAACACAAAGGUGUACAUUUUGUUUCGUCACAGCAAAUUCUAUUACAUGCAUUUUGUCCAUUGA